GUGGGAGAGGAGAAAAGUGGGAUUGUUGGUGAGGGUGAGUCUCAGUUCUCAGAGGUUUUACAACAUGGACAAUGGACACCAGGGUUGAGGCUGACCACCUCCUUUACUUCUGAUGUUGCUGGAAGCGAGCCUGAAAUAUGACUGUCCUGAGAAAAAUUAACCGGGUCCUCCUGGUGCUGCUGGUGCUGCUAGUGUGUCUCCUCCUGCACAGCACACUGCUCAGAGCCUCCUCUCGGCCCAAACUCUCAGAUCACUGGAAGAGCCUCGGACACGCAGCACGAGUUCCCUCAGGCAGAGUGUCGGAGGCGGAGCCUGUCGUCCCCGUCGUCAUAUGCGCAUCGGAGGAGCGCAUCGGGGCCACCAUGGCGGUCAUCAACAGCGUCUACAGCAACACAGACGCCAGUGUGUUCUUCUAUAUUGUCACUCUGCGCGAUGCCGUGAAACUGACCAGACAGUACAUCAUGAAGACUAAGCUAAAAGGCAUCACAUAUAAGAUAUUGGAAUUCAACCCCAUGGUUCUGAAAGGAAAAGUGAAGCCAGAUUCCUCUCGACCCGAACUGUUACAUCCACUCAACUUUGUGCGCUUCUACCUGCCCCUGCUUGACAUCAAGCACAAGAGGGUGAUAUACUUAGACGAUGAUGUCAUCGUGCAGGGUGACAUCAAGGAUCUGUUCAACAUGAAACUGAAGCCCGGUCAUGCUGCUGCUUUCUCCACUGACUGCGACCUGCCCUCCACACAUGAGAUGGUGCGCAGCAUCGGCAUGCAGACAACCUACAUGGGCUUCCUGGACUACAGGAAAGAGGAAGUUCGAGACCUGGGCAUCGACCCCAGAGAUUGCUCUUUCAACCCCGGAGUGUUUGUGGCAGAUGUCAGCGAAUGGAAGAAGCAGAAGAUCACUAAACAGUUAGAGAAAUGGAUGGAGGAGAAUUUCAGGACCAACAUAUACAGCAGUGCAAUGGCAGGAGGCGUGGCGACUCCACCCAUGCUGAUAGUGUUUCAUGACAAAUACACAACACUGGACCCCUUGUGGCACGUCAGACACAUGGGCUGGAGUCCAGACGCCCGCUAUUCAGAGAGAUUCCUAGAGGAGGCGCACCUGCUGCACUGGAACGGUCCUUUUAAACCAUGGCACUACCCUGCUGUUCACUUGGACCUGUGGGAGAGGUGGUUCAUUCCAGACCCCUCCAGGAAGUUCUCCUUGGUACGACCCAAGAGCAACAGCUGAGGCCUGCGGGACAUCCCAUGUGUGAGCCUCAGGUGGACAUGAAGCUCUGGGGUUCAGGACUUACUUGAGCAGCGGCGGAAGCUGUGCAGAGAAUGUAAUGCAGAGGAAUCCAAUGCUCUACGUAUUUAGCCUACGAAAGCUAAAUGCACAUGUGAAGUGGCCGAUGGUACCUGUAAAGAUAUUAGUAUAUGACUUGGAGAAAUGUGUUGAAGGUGAAAAUGAUGAAAUUCAUAACAGUGACGAGAGUUUAGAGUCGUUGUAAAUCGUGUGAAAAAAGAGAAAAUGUCUUUCCAUGCAGUUCUGGAAAUACAUUUCCAGAACUGUAAUAUGCAGUCUCGUCUUUGCUGGUCGACUUUCAUGCUUCAAAUAAAUCAUUGGAAUCUUGAAUAAUACACAACUGUGUAUUAUUAACACCUGUUAACCUGUUCAGAUAUGUUAGCGACAGUUAGGCUUAUUCUAAGUUUCUGGACAUUGUUGAGCCAGGAAAUAAAACCGACAAGCUUGACUGACAUUCA